AAACCUGCGUGUGGCUCCGCCGCAGCCCUGCCCGCUGCCCCCCCGGCCCUGGGGAGGGCGGAAGGAACCGUGGCCGCGGCUCCUCCUCCUCCUCCUCUGGCGGCGACCGGCGGUGCGGAGGGGCGGCGGCUGCCCGGGACCCGCGAUCUUUGUGAUGAGUUACCCUGGCUAUCCCCCAGCGGGUGGAUACCCACCAGCAGCCUCAGGUAGCAGUCCCUGGGGUGGUGCUGCCUAUCCACCUUCAAAUCCGCCUCCAAUCGGUCUAGACAACGUGGCUGGCUAUGCCAGUCAGUUCAAUCCCAACUACAUGGCUGGAAUGGCAUCCAACCUGGCAGGGACCUUUGGAGGGACAACUGCACCACAAGGAGUAUUUCCUUCAACACCUGGGGGUUAUCCUCCAGUCCCUCCAGGUGGCUUUGGGCAACCUCCAGCAGGACAACAGCCCUCCUAUGGAGGGUAUCCUCCACCCGGAGGAAAUCCACCAUCAGGGAUGCCUGCUUACCCAGGAUACCCAGGCGGCCCUGUGCCAGGCCAGCCCACACCACCACCUGGUCAGCAGCCUAUGGGCUAUCCAGGACAACCACCAGCAACUUACCCAGGGCAGCAACCCAUGCCAAAUUAUCCACCAGGCCCGGCUGUGAAUCCCUCCAUGCCCUCUUACCCAGGAACUACAGGGCCUACGGUCUCUCCUGUAACACAUGGGAAGCGGGGCACAAUCACUGAUGCACCAGGAUUUGACCCUCUGAAGGAUGCUGAAGUCUUAAGGAAGGCCAUGAAGGGAUUCGGAACUGAUGAGCAGGCGAUUAUUGAUUGUCUUGGAAGUCGUUCAAACAAGCAACGGCAGCAGAUCAUCCUGUCCUUCAAAACAGCUUAUGGAAAGGAUUUGAUCAAGGAUCUCAAGUCUGAGCUAUCAGGUAACUUUGAGAGGACAAUCUUAGCAAUGAUGAAGACACCUGUCAUGUUUGAUGCUUAUGAAAUCAAGGAAGCUAUAAAGGGUGUUGGCACAGAUGAAAAUUGUCUCAUUGAAAUCUUAGCUUCUCGCAGUAAUGAGCAUAUUCGAGAACUCAACCAUGUCUAUAAAGCAGAAUUUAAGAAAACUCUGGAGGAUGCAAUAAAAAGUGACACAUCUGGACACUUUCAGAGGCUUUUAAUUUCACUUUCUCAGGGAAACAGAGAUGAAAGUACAACUGUUGACAUGUCUCUUGUCCAAAAAGAUGUGCAGGAGCUCUAUGCAGCUGGAGAGAACCGUCUGGGAACCGAUGAAUCCAAGUUCAAUGCCAUUCUCUGCGCAAGAAGCAGGGCCCACCUCAGAGCAGUCUUCAGCGAGUACCAGAGGAUGUGUAACCGGGACAUUGAACAAAGCAUAUGCCGUGAAAUGUCUGGAGACCUGGAAAAAGGCAUGCUGGCAGUAGCUUUCUGGAUUGUACAACUGGUAACUUACAAUAACAUCUUCAAACAUCUUAAAGUAAAAGUGCAUUGUUUUAAGUGAAUGCAGUGGCAAAGAAACAUGCAUUUCAUUUGUCAUUUCUUUUUGAAUUGUAUUAUAUGUAUCAUUGACAGCUCUGUGUGGUGAACUGCUCUCUCUCAUUUACAUUUUCCUAUUUGGGGAAAUUACCUUUUCUUCUAUAGAAUGUGUGUUGCUGUGAAACAUGUAUUUAGAUUUACCCCUCUUGUUCUGUAUUGAUUCUGCGUGAUUGCUUUUGAUACCUUUUUGUGCUAUAAAAGAUAACUCAGGUGUAGUUUGUUUUACCAGAGAUUGCAUGAUUGUGUACUGGUAGCCAUCGUAGGAUCAAUGUAUAGAUUUUAAUUCUGAUGAGUGAUGGAUUAUCCUGAUUAACAUGACAGUAAUUUGAUUUAGAUUUGGCUCUUUCAGAUUUCUAAUGAACUGUACUAAUUAAAUAUCAAAUCCAGUCAUUACUAAAUAAGCACGUCAAGAAUUUUUCAGGAGUCUCGGUGAACCCUGUGGCUGAAAAAAUAAAGUGUAACUCACUUCAGUAGGGGUGAGAUUUCUGUCACAGGUGGCUUCUCAGCCUGUGUAAGAGCAGGACUUGAAUUUGUUGUUCCUGCAGAUGCAUGACCUAAAAAUUGCUAAAUAGGGAAAACCCAGGAACACCGCUAUGUGUUCCUUCAAGCCUUCUUCCUCCUCCCCAUCCACUUUUGUUCCCUUCUUUUUCCUUCAUAAGCAAGAAUCUGGCCAUUAGACUGUAAAAAUUCAUGAUGGCUGCGUCAUGUUAUAUGGUUUCUAAUGACUGAAAACUUUGCUCCAAGCUGUGAAGCAUACAAGAAGGUUCUCUAAUUUUAUGGCAGCUACUGUUUGGAUUAAAAAUCAUUUCAGUGGUUGGCUGCAGGAGUGGAAGCUGCAUUGUGUCAAGUGUAUAUUUAUGUAAAAUUAAAGCAUGUGAGUAUCUAGAGUAAGCUCAAAAAAUGACUUGGAGUUCUGAUUGAGGCUG